UCGGCAGCGCUGAUACAGUGCACCUCCGACGCGGUCACCUGCCCGCUGUCCGGUCAGGUAUGUAUUCAGUCAGACGGAAACAAGUGCUGCCAAAUCGAGACCGCUGGUAUCCCGGCUUCAGAAAUUAACGCAAAAUCCGGUUCCUGUCCACGACCGCUCGGUAUCUCCGUCUUCCAAGACGCCGCGAUCGGCUGUUGGAUGGACAAUAACUGUCCGGGUAUUCAGAAAUGUUGUGUUGAACCAAACCCUGUGACAAAUUCAGCGACGCGAAUCUGCCGCGAUCCAGUCGGAGUUCGAAGUUAG